AUGUUACCCUCUCUCUUACUCGUAUCCCUCUCCCUCGCCGUGGGCCAGGUCAGUGCCGGUAUCUGGCCAGCCCCGAAGAAGCUUUCCACUGGCAAGAGUGUUCUGUUCAUAAGCCAAACACUGGAAAUCACGUAUAAUGGAGGAUCUGUACGCUGGCGCCCUUCUUCUGCUUCCACUUCCACUUCCCAUGAUGAGACACAGAAUACUGAGAAUUUCUUUAAUGUGCAGCUGCCCUACACUUAUGGCUACAACCCGGCUUCGGGCUCGACGUUUAACAGCAAAGACAUUGUGCAAGGCGGUGUGUCGCGCGCCAUGGCUGCCAUUUUCCAGCAAAACUUCGUGCCCUGGAAGUUCCACCCGAAGAACAGUGACUUUGAGCCAGAUGUGUACGCGGCGGACAAGAAGGCAGUCAAGUCGCUGCAGAUUACACAGACUGGAGAGGAUAAGCCUAGCACGUUUAAGCCUGUCGCUGGUGACGUCGAUGAAUCAUACGCGCUCAACAUCACAGAGGAUGGCUCAGCGACGCUUACGGCCAAGUCCUCCACCGGCAUCUUGAGAGGUCUUGAGACGUUUGUGCAGCUCUUCCACCAGCACACAUCCGGCACCUCCUGGUAUACCACGUUGGCGCCCGUUUCGAUUGAGGAUUCGCCAGAGUACUCCCACCGCGGAAUCAUGAUCGAUACGGCGCGUAACUUUUUCCCCGUUCAGGAUGUUCUGAGGGUCAUUGACGCCAUGUCUUGGAAUAAGCUCAACCGGCUCCACAUCCACAUCACGGACUCGCAAUCAUGGCCGCUUGACAUUCCUGCGAUGCCCGAUCUAGCCGCCAAAGGUGCUUACCGCAAGGGAUUGUCGUAUUCGCCCGAGGAUUUGGCAAAGAUCCAAGAAUACGCAGUUCACCGCGGAAUUGAGCCGGUGAUUGAAAUCGACAUGCCGGGACACAUCGGAUCCGUUUCUUUCGCCUACCCGGAGCUGAUUGUGGCUUACAACGAGAAGCCGUACACGUGGUGGUGCGUAGAGCCACCAUGUGGCGCCUUCAAGAUGAACGAUACCCGAGUCGACGAGUUCCUGGACAAACUCUUUGACGAUCUCCUGCCGAGGGUCGGUCCUUACACGGCAUACUUCCACACUGGUGGCGAUGAACUGAACAAGAACGACUCAAUGCUAGACGAGGGUAUCCGGUCCAACUCGAGUGAGGUCCUGCAACCGCUCCUGCAAAAGUUCAUGGACAAGAACCACGCCAGAAUCCGCAAGCACGGGCUCAUCCCGUUGGUCUGGGAAGAGAUGCCGCUCGAGUGGAACAUCACGCUCGGCGACGACGUCGUGAUCCAGUCUUGGUUGGGAGGCGAUUCCGUAAAGAAACUGACCAGUAAGGGCCAUAAGGUCAUUGACAGCAACUACAAUUACUGGUACUCUGACUGCGGCAGAGGCCACUGGAUGAAUUUCGACAACGGAGCCGCCUUUGAGGCCUUCUUCCCCUUCAAUGACUGGUGCUCGCCGGCAAAGGGGUGGCGCCUCAUGUACUCGCACGACCCGCGGGCCAACCUGACCGAGACGGAAGCCAAGCUUGUCCUUGGCGGUGAGGUGGCGGCGUGGAGCGAGUCCAUUGACCCCGUCAGUAUCGACGGGAUCCUGUGGCCGCGGGCCAGCGCGGCAGGCGAGGUAUUGUGGUCGGGCCGACGGGACGCUUCGGGCCAGAACCGGAGCCAGUACGACGCGGCGCCGAGGCUGGCUGAGUUCCGGGAGAGGAUGGUGGCGCGUGGCGUGAGGUCGGAGCCGGUGCAGAUGCCGUUUUGCACGCAGGGGGAUGCGGGUGAGUGUGGGUAUCCCAUGGUGUAA